GAGUCUUCCGGCCAACGGCCGUUGGCGUUCGCGAAUCGCGAUACUCAAAUCAGUUUUUCGCAGUUUUUUGUGAAGGAAGGAAGCGAGGACUUGUGGUCGAUGUCAUCCGACGUCGUCGCCGGGAUCAUCGUACAGGAUCGACGUUGCCACGGCCGCUUGGUAUCGAGAUGUACACGUACACUUACUUAUGCAAAGUGCGGAUGGCAUCUCAACACCGGUGUAUCGGAGGUUUUCUCUGUCCGAAGAGGCAGUAAGCCACCGCUAAUGACGCGCUUCUCUUACGACGGAGGACGGAGUUGGUGCAUGGCGUGAUGUUUCCAGUUUCUAGGAAUCAGUUCGAGCUGAGGUAACGCUAGCCAAGAGUCAAACAGUGAGCUACAGGAAGUCAGCGACGACGGGGCCUUUUACGAGCCGCGAUGCACACCGAGAGAGAGAGAGAGAGAGAGAGAGAGAGAGAGAGAGGGAGAGAGAGAGAGAGAGAGAGAGAGAGAGAGAGAGAGAGAGAAAGGAUCCUUCCCAGCUCUGCAAUCACGUGAGUUUCCCAAACGACCGUCGUCACAUCCAAGUGGUUACACGCUCUGAUGGCAGUAGCACGCGAUACAGAGUACUCGCCGCAUAUGUUCGCGACGAAGUUUCCUCAGGCCUCGCAGCACUAGAGCCGGCGUAUCUCCUGUGGGAGAUCCCUCGAGAACCUCCUACCCGUGACGAGGAUGAGCUAGCGCAAUGCGAAGACGACUGACGAAGGACAGGGCGCCGCUGUUGGCGGGCCCGUGGCUGCUCCUGUGGCUGCUCGGCACCAGCUGCAGCCCGUCCCUGGCCCUCGACGACGGCGCCGAUAGCCCGAUCGCCCUGAACCUCGCGAUCCCUCUGAGCAGCCCCGCACCCGUCCUUACGACGAGCAGAAGCAGCAGCAGCAGCAGCAACCGUUUUCUCCUUCAACGCGAUGAGCCGGCGCUCGACGAGUUCCGCUUCACCUCCAGCCUCUACAACGCCUCUAUCCCCGAGAACUCGAUGGGCAAGACGUACGUCCGGCCCGACGAGAAGAUGGGUAUCGAGCUGCGCGCCAGUAAGCGCGCCUUCGAGGAGAUCAAGUUUCGCAUCGCCUCCGGCGACAAGGAGAAGUUCUUCAAGGCCGAGGAGCGCGUCGUCGGGGACUUCUGCUUCCUGCUGCUCAGGACGAGAACCGGCCACGUGGACGUGCUCAACAGGGAGAGGAAAGAUAAGUACGUUCUGGAGAUCAAAGCCACCGCCAGGAGGCACGACGGCAAGAACCGGGUAACGCUGCUCGAGGCGCAGACCACUGUGGCCGUCACUAUUUUGGACACAAACGACCUCAACCCGCUGUUCUAUCCGACGGAGUACGAGGCGACGGUCACCGAGGACACGCCCGUGCACAAGAGCAUUCUCAAGGUCAGCGCGGAGGACGCCGAUCUGGGAACGAACGGAGAGAUCUACUACAGUUUCGCCGAGAAGACUGAGCAGUUUGCCGUGCAUCCUGUAAGCGGCGUCGUCACGCUUACAAGGCCACUGAGAUACGUCGAGCGACCUCUCUACGAGCUUACGGUCCAGGCCCGCGACCGUGGUGCCCUCUACCGCAUGACACCGCGGGCCAGCAACGCUCGACUGACGAUCCACGUGCGUCAGGUCAACCUUCAUGCACCAGAGAUCUCGGUGCGCCACCUGCCGGAGAUACUGGAACACUCGAACGCGGACACCUACGCGAUCGUCCGCGUCCUUGACCGGGACACCGGCCCACACGGCGAAAUCGCCAGUCUGGAGAUCGUAGCCGGCGACCCGGACGGCCACUUCCGCGUUCGCCCCCUGCCGACGCCAGGUGAGUACAGCAUCCAGGUGCUGAAGCUGCUGGACCGGGAAGCGGCGCCACAGGGCUACAACCUGACGCUUCGUGCCGUCGACCGAGGCACACCGCCGAGAUUCAGCUACAAGUCGGUGCCCGUGCACCUGGCGGAUCUGAACGACAACGCGCCGAUUUUCAGCACGGAGAUCUAUGACGUUAAGGUGCCAGAGACGGCGCCGGUGAACAGUCCUGUGAUAAGGCUGAAGGUCAGCGAUGCCGACCAGGGCAAGAACGCGCUAGUCUUCCUGGAGAUCGUCGGGGGAAACGAGGGCGGCGAGUUCUACAUCAAUGCGGACACCGGCAUGCUCUACACCGCCGUGCCCCUCGACGCCGAGACGAAAGCCUUCUACACCCUCACCGUUUCAGCCGUGGACCAGGGCAACGCUGGGACGCGGAAACAGUCGUCGGCCAAGGUGAAAAUCUACGUGAUAGACACCAACGACAACGAUCCUGAGUUCGAAAAGUCCGAGAUGCUGGUUUAUUUGGACGAGAACGAGCCCGCGGGAACGUCCGUCUGCAAGGUCGUCGCGCGGGACAAGGACUCGGGAGAAAACGCAUACAUAUCCUACAGCAUCGACAACAUCAAGCGAGUGCCUUUCGAGAUCGACCACUUCUCCGGGGUCGUCAAGACGAAGCAGCUGCUAGACUACGAGACGAUGAAGCGGGAGUACCUGCUGCACGUGAGAGCGAACGACUGGGGUCUUCCCUACAGGCGCCAGAGCGAGAUACAGCUAAGGAUCAAACUGCGCAACGUCAACGACAACAGGCCUCAGUUCGAGAAGAUUGACUGCGUAGGACACGUGAGCAGAUACGUGCAGGUCGGUACGGAGAUCAUCACCGUAUCGGCGAUAGACUUCGAUGCCGGCAACAUCAUCACCUACAGGAUAGUCUCCGGUGGCAACGCCGACGGCUGUUUCGCACUCGAUCCCACCAGCGGCGUACUCUCCGUCGCCUGCGACUUGUCGGACCUGAAAACGCAGGAGAUGAUAGUCAACGUGACGGCGACCGAUGGAACCCACUUUGCCGAUGUCAAUACGCUGCGGAUCCACCUGGUGAACGUGAAGCGCGCCCAAGGCCCCCAGAGUAAGCUUCUGACGGACGAGACGGGCGGCUUCGAGUGCAGGGAUACCGGGGUCGCCAGGCGCCUCACCGAAGCCAUUGCUUCCGCAGAAAAGAACAACAUGCGGUCCAGCGAGGAUGAAUACUCGAUGAUGCCCAGCAGGUACGGCGAGAACGUGCACGCGCCGGAGUUCCUGGACUUCCCCAACGAGAUUCGCGUCAACGAGUCGGCGCCAAUCGGCUUCGUCCUGGCCAGAUUGGCAGCGAGGGACAGAGACCUGGGUUACAACGGCAAACUCGUCUACGGCAUCUCUGCUGGCGACAGCGACUCGGUCUUCGGCAUCGAUCCGGACACUGGAGAGCUGCGGCUGAUAGGCCGCCUGGACAGGGAGCGCGAGGACGAGUAUUUCCUGAACAUCACCGUGUACGACCUGGGCAAGCCGCAAAAGUCGGCCUCGCGCAUGCUGGCCGUAAGCGUGCUCGACGUGAACGACAACGCACCCAAGUUCGAGAAGGCUUUGGCGAGCUUCCGGGUGUCGGAGGCGGCGCUCAACGGCACUAUCAUUUUCCGAGCCAAUACCACCGACGCGGAUCUUGGCGAGAAUGCUCAAGUGGCCUACUCGCUCGUCACGGAUACCAGCGAUUUCAGGGUGGACCGGACUACUGGCGUGCUCACUGUCUUCGGCAAGCUGGACAGAGAACGGCAGAGCUCGUAUGAGCUGAGGAUACGGGCGACGGACAAGAACGGCGGCAACGACAAGGGCGAGCCGGACUUCGACAACCCAGCUCUGUACUCCGAGGCCCUGGUACGAGUUAGCGUGGACGACGUGAAUGACAACGCACCGAAGUUCGCCCUGACGAGCUACACGGUAAAGGUGCGCGAGGACGUACCCGUCUGGAGCGUCAUCGCCGUCAUCGAAGCCACCGAUCCUGACGAAGGCCCUGGCGGCAUUAUCGAGUACAGCUUCAGCGAGGAGAUGGAGAGCGAGGGUUUCUUCGGGAUCGACAAACUCUCAGGAACGAUCCGCAGUCUCCAAAAGUUGGACUUCGAAGAGCGCCAAGUUCACACACUGACCAUCGUCGCGAAAGACAAGGGUGAGCCCUCGCUAUCCUCCGAGACCAUCCUCAUCAUCGAGGUCGUCGACGUGAACGAGAAUCUCCACGCACCGGUGUUCAACGACUUCGUCAUCUCGGCGAGCGUCUCGGAGAACCAGCCGCUGAACACUCUGGUGACUCAGGUGAAGGCGAAGGACGCAGACCCGCCGGGAGGAGAUUCGAGGAUCGGCUACAGCAUCAGGGGAGGUGACGGCGUUGGACUCUUCAGCAUCGACGAUGAAGGAAACAUAAGGACAAAGGCUGUGCUGGAUGUCGAGGCGAAAGCCGGCUAUUGGCUGACGGUCUACGCGCAGGACCACGGCGUUGUUCCUCUCAGCUCGAAAUUACAGGUGUACGUGGAGGUGCUGGACGAGAACGACAACACUCCGCUGACCGAGCAGCCGGUCUACUACCCCUCGGUAUUGGAAAACUCGCCCGCCGGCGUAAGCGUCCUCCAGAUACGAGCUUUCGACCGCGACGUCUCGCCCCAGCAGUUCAGCUUUGCGAUCACCAGCGGCAACGCCGAGGGUUACUUCCUCAUCAACUCGACCAGCGGUCUGAUUACGACAAGCGGCCGCAAGCUGGACCGUGAAAACCAGGCCGAGCACAUACUUGAGGUGACGGUGCGAGACGACGGCAGACCGGUGCUGUCCUCGACGACGCGCGUCGUCGUCCAGGUCGACGACGUCAACGACCACAGCCCCGUGUUCGAGGAAAAGUUUUACAUGGUUCAAAUUCCGGCCUCGCCGAGCCUCGAUAAGCCGCUCUUCCAGAAGUCGGAGAGGGACAGGCCGCGGGAGUCGGACCUCUCGAUCGACGCGUUGCUUGAAAACGGGACUUGGGAGACCUUUAGUCCUGACGGCCUGACGGGCGACCGUGUCUUGAGGGUGCUGGCGCACGACCAGGAUAUCGGCAAGAAUGGCAAGAUUCAAUACAGCAUCAAGAGCGGAAAGGGCAAAGGAAAAUUCAAAAUUCAUCCGGACACGGGAAUGGUUUACUCGCAGCGGGGCUUCGAGGCUGGCCAGGAAUUCGAAAUGAUCAUACGAGCCACGGACGAAGGCGAACCUCCACGCAGUCACCAGGCGCGAAUCUCGGUGCAGGUCGUAGAAACGCCUAAGGACUCGCCGAAUCCGCCAGUCUUUAAGAGCUUGAACCAGAGCGUCGAGGUGACGGAGAGUGACAAAGCCGGCUUCCUUGUCGCCCUUAUGCAAGCCACCGACAAAGACGGCGACAGCCUUUGGUAUGACAUCGUGGAAGGCGACACCCGGGACGAGUUUGUUAUUGGCCGCGACGACGGUAACGUUCUACUGGCCAAGCAGCUGGACUGGGAGACGCAGAACUUCUACAACUUGACGAUCAGCGUAACCGACGGGGUCAACGAAGCGCGUACGAGCCUCUUCGUCAAGGUCAUCGAUAUCAACGACCACAGGCCCGAGUUGAGCGAAUCGAUCUACCACGUCGAGAUCUCGGAGAACGUGGUGGAGAAAGGCGAGGCGAUACUCCAACUGCACGCACAGGACCUCGACGAGGACAAAAAGCUCUUCUACUCGCUGCACAAUGCGCAGAGUCAGGCUUCCUUGCAGAUCUUCCACGUGGACUCGUUGACUGGGACGAUCACGCUGAACGAGGCUCUCGAUAGAGAAACUAUUCAGGAACACAUACUGACGGUAAUGGUGAAGGAUCAGGGGACGCCAGCGAAGAGGAACUUUGCCCGAGUACUGGUCACGGUGCACGAUCAUAAUGAUCACGCGCCGACGUUCAUCAGUGAGAUCAUCCAGGGCAAGGUCUUCGAGACUUCGCCUAUCGGCACUGCCGUCGUUCAGGUUAUAGCUAUCGAUCGUGACCGAGGAGAGAACGCCCAGCUGAGCUACUCGAUGACUUCGGGUAACGUCGGCAAUGUUUUCUCAAUCGAUCCUGAUCUCGGUACAAUCCGCGUUGCUCGCGAAUUGGAUCUUGCCACCGCCUCUGAGUACAUCCUUCUAGUCAAAGCAACGGAUCACGGUUCACCAGCCUUAUCUAACAGCAUCCCGGUACACGUGAUGGUGACGAUGGCUGACAACGCGCCACCGCGUUUUGUCAGAAGUGGCGCAGAACUCGCUGCUGAGAUCUACGAGAAUGAGGAAAUCGGCAGUUUUGUGAAACACAUCGAGGCUCGAUCCACCUCGUCACUUCAGUUCGAAAUUGUAUCUGGAAAUAUCGGAGAGGCUUUCUUUAUCAAUCCGAGUACCGGAGUGAUCAGCACGCAAGAGAGGCUGGAUUACGAGGAUGUGAAGUUCUAUAAUUUGUCAAUCGCCGCAACGAGUAUGUCGGGAGCUAGCGCUCAAUGUAACGUUAUCGUGCACGUACUGGAUCGGAAUGAUAAUGCACCUCAGUUUGUACAAGCAGUUUAUACUGGACAGGUAAGCGAAGCUGCAAGUAUUGGUUCGUUGGUCUUUAGCGCCAACAGCACAAGCUCGCCACUGGUGAUUAAAGCCGAGGACGCUGAUUCCGAACUGAAUGCUUUGCUUAACUACGACAUUGUCGAGGAGCUUCCGAGAAAGUUCUUCCACAUAGAUUCUAGCACCGGUGCUAUACGUACCGUUAUGCUUCUCGACCACGAGACCAUACCCGAGUUCCAGUUUAACGUCAAGGUCUCGGAUCUCGGUAAACCCAAGCUGUCUUCUGAAAGCACUGCCAAGGUUAUCAUCACUGUCAGCGACGUCAACGACUGUCCACCAAAGUUCCAACAGUCUGAUUACAAUGCCACUGUUCUGCUUCCAACGUGGAAAAAUGUGGCCGUUGUAAAGCUCGAGGCCCAUGAUCCAGAUUCGACGAGUGCGUUUACGAAUCAGCCUUCUUUGAGGUAUGACAUAAUAGAUGGAAAUCAAGGCCAGUCCUUUGACAUAGAUUCCCAGAGCGGUGCUUUGACGGUUAACAACCCUGAGAAUAUGAAAAAAAGUUAUCUGCUGCAUGUUAGGGCUUCAGAUGGCAAAUACUCGAGUGUUGCACAGGUCAACAUCAAAGUUGCGAAAUCUGAAAAUUCCGGUCUCGUUUUUCAAAAAGAAGUAUACGAAGGAACCGUUGUGGAAAACUCGACAAAGGUCUCAACGGUCGCCGUGUUAAAUGUUCUUGGCAGUGCACUGAAUGAGCAUGUAGUCUUCAGCAUCCUUAACCCCACGGAAAUGUUUGUAAUCGGCCCAACAUCCGGAGCUAUCAGCACUACGGGUAUCAGAUUUGACAGGGAGACCAUCGACAAGUAUGAGCUCAUCGUCGAGGCCAAUAGUCAAGUGCCUACGCAAAGAGUCGCUCACACCAUUGUUAAUGUCACGGUGCUGGACAUCAAUGACAAUUGUCCGAUUUUCGUUAAUUUGCCGUAUUAUGCUGUAGUGUCGGUUGACGCGCAAAAGGGUGACGUUAUUAUGAAGGUCCAUGCUAUUGAUUUGGAUAGCGGAGACAAUGGUGAAGUAAGAUAUGAGUUGAAAAAGGGUCAUGGAGAACUCUUUAAAGUAAAUCGGAAAACUGGAGAAAUAUCAUUGAAACAAAACCUUGAAGGUCAUAAUCGAGAAUAUCAGCUCAUGAUAGCUGCAUAUGAUGGAGGAAUAAGUCCGUGUUCCGUGGAAAUAUCAGUAAAUGUCAAAGUCAUCGAUCGAUCGAUGCCAGUUUUUGAUAAGCAAUUUUACACUGAUAGCGUCCUCGAAAGCAUUGAGGUUCAUUCGCCACUAGCUCUUUCCAUUCAAGCUGAAUCUCCUCUAAAUAGAAAAUUAAUCUACAGUAUUACCAAGGGCAAUGACUUCGAAGAAUUCGCCUUGGACUUUAACACAGCCCUCGACAGUAACAAUGGUCCUUGUGUCAUCUAUGUGGUGGACGAAUUAGACUAUGAACAAAAGAAACAAUACGAGCUUACGGUUCGUGCAACCGAUAGCGUCUCCGGUGUCUACGCAGAAGUUCUCGUUUCUAUUCUGGUUCUGGACGUCAACGACUGUCCGCCAGAGUUCAGCCAGGAUUCCUACAACAUUAGUAUUUCAGAAGCUGCACUAUUCGGCACAGAAUUAUUACGGCUUGUCGCUCGCGAUAACGACACCGGCAUCAAUUCAAAGAUUCGCUACGCCAUCGAAAAUCGUACUGCUGAUGAACUGGGCGAAAACACCCUGGAUCUUUUUCACGUUGACCCCGAAGAAGGGAUUGUAUACCUCAAACGUUCCCUUGACCAUGAAACAGCUGAUUCGCACCAUUUUACCGUCGUAGCAAUGGAUCGCGGAGUGCCCAGCCUUUCUAGUACUGCUCACGUCUGGCUGACUGUUAUCGAUAUGAAUGAUAAUCCGCCAAAGUUUGAACAAUCCUCUUACAACUGCUUCUUGUCAGAAGAAGCCGAGCGAGGUCAAUUUGUCACUGUUGUCUCGGCUUCUGACCCUGACUUACUCGAUGAUAAGCUUGUAUAUACUAUUGUCGGAGGCAAUGACCAACAAACCUACAGCAUCGACCAGUCCACCGGCAUUAUUACCUUGAUCAACAUGCAAAAUUUUGCUGAUGAUAAGAUGACUUUACUUAACGUAUCUGUGAGCGACGGCGUUUAUACUAGCUUUGCCAGGAUAAAGAUCGAGAUUCUUCCAGCAAACAGGCAUCAUCCCAAGUUUCUGAACCCAGUUGUCGAAGUGUCUGUGCUAGAAAACCAGCUUCCUGGUAAACUCGUCACGAGCGUUUUGGCAACGGAUAAGGACUUUGGUGAAUACGGGACCAUUGAAUAUUCGAUCAACUCGGACUACUUAAAAGAGUUCUUCGAAAUUGACAGGGAGAACGGAGAUAUUGUAACAAAGAAGAGUUUGGACAGAGAAAAACACAAAUUAUUUGAAAUACCUGUUAUGGCAAGUGAUGGAGGCGGCAAAUCCGGCUUUGUUAUCGUUCGUGUCAAGGUUACUGAUGAAAACGACAACAGCCCUGUAUUUCUACUCAAAGAGUAUAAGGCUAGCAUAUAUGGCAACUUGACCCUUAACUCUGCCUUCUUGAAAGUCAAGGCUCUAGAUGCCGACGAAGGCGAUGCCGCAAAGAUCAUCUACUCUAUCUUUGAGCCGCAAAAUUCCGAGAUCAAAAACAUCUUUGGUAUAAAUCCUGACACAGGAGCAGUUUUCCUCAAGAAAAGUGCCAAACCUUGGGAAACUCAACCGUUUCAAUUAUUCGUUCGGGCUCAAGAUAAAGGUCUGGCCUCUCAUCACGUUGAUGUACCGGUAGAAAUAUACAUCAUGGGCCCAGAAGACAUACCUCCUUUAUUUGAACGCAAAGAAGACAAAUUCUUCGUGUCUGAGACGAGUACAAUCGGCACUCCCAUUACUCGUCUGAGAACCGUCACAAAUACCAACAGCACAGUAACCUGUCGUCUAGUUUCUGCUGGCGAUGAUUUUCCAUUCGCUGUUGACCCGAAGACUUGUCGUGUUACUCUGUCAGGAAACUUAGAUCGAGAAGUCAAGGAUAGUUAUAUGAUUGGCGUGCUGGCAGAGACCGACUCUAGUCCACCGCUGACGGCUUUAGCAGAGAUCACUUUACAGGUACUUGAUGAGAACGAUCACGCUCCAAAGUUUGAGAGCAAUCCAUAUAGCAUUGCUGUAGCAGAAAACAUCGAGGAAGGCACUAGUAUACUGAAAGUGGUGGCUCAUGACAAUGAUUUAGGCAGUAAUGGAGAGGUGCGUUAUUCGUUUGGUUCUGAUAUUGGAGAACUAGCAAACGUGUUCACGAUUGACGCCUACACCGGAUGGAUAUCUAGUCUUGUGCAAUUAGAUAAGGAACAACAACCAGAGUAUAAAUUUCAGGUAGUUGCAACGGACAAUGGUAACCCACGACACUUUUCCCGUACCUCCGUGUUGGUAAAGCUCAAGGACUAUAACGACAAUCCGUCAGCAUUCUCGUCUGCCGAAAGUGGUUAUCAAGCGACGGUUAAAGAGGAUGCUCUUCCUGGAACAGUCGUCGUUGAACUCACCACUGUGGACAAAGAUACCGAGUUAAAUACUGCAUUGGACUUCUAUAUCAUCUCUGGAGAUCCACGUUCGCAAUUUGCCAUCCGUUCGACAGGUCAGGUCUAUGUAGCUAAAGCCCUUGACCGGGAGACGCGAGAUAGAUACGAAUUGUUGGUCGUCGGCACUGAUGGAAAAUUUGUCUUUGAAACGAGAGUCAUAGUCCAAGUUCUCGACGUCAAUGACAAUCCGCCAUACUGCUUGAAGUACCGCUAUCGAGAGGUAUUAUCCGAAGGAUCUCAUCCUGGAAGUUACGUUCUCACAGUUCUUGCUACUGAUUAUGACGACGAGCCAAAUGCUAAAUUAAGAUUCUAUCUAACUGGGGGAAAAAACGAGAAAUUCUCAUUGGACAAGGAGACUGGCGUGCUCAAAACUGUCGGUCAGCUUGAUCGAGAGAGCCAGGCUAAAUACAUCCUUACAGCCCACGUGCAAGAUCGAGAUAAGACAUCCUGGGAGUGUUCCUCGCAAUUGGAAAUUCUUAUCUCAGAUCUCAAUGACAAUGCUCCUCGAUUCAGCAUGCAAUCCUACAGUGCCACACUACCCGAGGACGUAGAGGUAGGCACUCUAGUGACUAAAGUCCACGCAACAGACGACGAUAUCGGCAUUAAUCGAAAAAUUCGGUAUGAGUUUCUUGACUCUGCAAACGAUCACUUUGUCAUUUCUCCCGACAGUGGAAUUGUCACUUUAGCAAAACCAUUGGACAGAGAAACCAAGGCUAUGUACAACGUUAGCAUUCAGGCUAUGGACCAAGGUACACCGCAGCUCUCGAGUGUCACCUUCCUAAUCGUUAACGUCCAAGACAUCAAUGAUAAUCCGCCAGAAUUCACUUCCAAGUACUACUUCGCGCGGGUACCCGAAAUCGACGCCGUAGGCACUGAAGUCGCCCGCGUUUUGGCUACUUCUAAAGAUACGGGUGUCAAUGCAGACGUUUACUACACCAUUGUAGGUGGUAAUGAGCACAAGAAGUUCGAGAUCGACACGAAGAGUGGUGUGGUCUCGAUUGCCGAACAACUAGACUACGAGCGCGCCAAGGACUACUUCCUUACCAUCCAAGCAAUCGACGGCGGAGUUCCUCCGCUCACCAAUCAUGCUACGGUUAACAUUACAGUGCUCGACAGCAAUGACAACGCACCGAUGUUUAGUCAAGCUUCCUAUCGUGCUUCUAUACGAGAGGAUGCUAAAGCAGGAGAAAAGGUUGUGCAGGUUUUCGCAAAUGACCUGGAUAGCAAUGAAAACGGCCAAGUCAGCUAUUCCAUCGAGAGAGGAGACAGACAGAAACAAUUUACCAUCGAUUCACAAAGCGGUCAGAUUACUGUAUUGGCACCACUCGAUCGCGAGCAGAUCGCCUCCUAUGUACUCGAGGUGCACGCCAAAGAUAACGGUAUUCCUACCCUUUCCAAUUAUGUCAUCGUCAACAUCGAGGUCAUCGACGCUAAUGACAAUCCCCCGCUAUUCGCCCAAAACAAUUAUACCACCGUGGUUCAGGAGGAUAAACCUCUUGGAUAUGCAGUUCUCAAAUUUACAGUGACAGACGCUGACGCGGAGCCUAAUGCCGCCCCCUACACCUUCGAUUUCCGAUCUGGUAACGAAGGAGAUGCCUUUAGACUCGAGCAAGACGGCACAUUGCGCACUGCCACCAAGUUCAGCAAUCGCGUCAAAGAUAAGUACUUGCUGCACAUCCGUGUUUUUGAUAAUGGCAGUCCACCACUUUACUCAGACGCCUGGGUAUUGGUAAAAAUUAUCGAAGAGUCACAGUACCCACCCGUUAUCACGCUUUUGGAAAUCAACAUCAACUCCUACAUGGACGAGUACCCAGGCGGCGUAAUCGGCAAAGUGCACGCUUCUGAUAAAGACCAAUACGACACCCUUCAGUACAGCCUGGUACCUACUUCACCCUCGCGGCCCAACACCGACCUCUUCCAGAUCGACAAACUAGAUGGCACGCUAGUUGCAUUGCCGCGACUUGAUAUCGGUGAAUAUCGGGUUAAUGUAAGUGUAACCGACGGCAAGUUUAAUUCAUACACGAUUGUCAAAGUAACGGUGGAAUUGGUUACUGACACUAUGUUGGAGAAUUCUGUGAUCGUGCGCUUCCGAGAAGUCAGUCCUGAGGAUUUCGUUUUGAAGCAUCGUAAGGGUUUCGUCCGUACAGUGCGCAACGCCAUGAAUUGCAGAUUGAAGGACGUCGUAAUACUGAGCGUCCAACCAUCGACUGAUGCCGAGAUCAAUGUCAUUAAAUCUAGGCCAGUUAGACAGGCGGUCGUACAUAACGAUCUAGACGUAUUGUUUACAGUAAAGAAGCCAGAUCCUGGGGAAUUUUACACGUCCGAAGCGAUUCGCGAGGCACUGAAUCAACACAUCGAGGAACUAGAGGCAUCAACGAAGCUGGUGGUAGAGGAAAUUGUGAGGUUUAAAUGCAGCAAGGGUUACUGCGUUUACGGCGAGUGCCAUGACAAGAUCGUUCUUGAUUCCCAGCAGAUCACACCCAUAGCCACCGAUGUGACCAGCUUUGUAUCGCCCAGGCAUAGACAUCGUACCGAAUGCUCUUGUAAAGAAGGUUACGCAGGAACUCACUGUGAGAUCGUUAUAAACGAGUGCGCUCGAGGACCCUGUCCUGUGUUCAAAGUUUGCAUACCAGACUCAUCAGUUCAAGGUUACUCUUGUCAAUGCCCUGAAGGCUUUGCUGGCCAAACUUGUGAUAUCGAUAUCUCCAAGUGCCAUGAUGAGUCCUGCUACAUACCUAGAAAUCCCAUCUCUUUCAGUGGCAAGAGCUACGCCCGCUAUAAGAUCGACAAGUCCCUUGUCCGUCAAACCAUCGAAAAUCAACUUAGCUUGUCUCUCAGAAUCCGUAGCGUCCAACCAACUGGUAACCUCAUGUAUGCUGCGGGUAAGGUUGACUACAACGUUCUGGAAAUCGUGAAUGGUGCAGUGCAAUACCGCUUCGAUUUGGGCAGCGGCGAAGGUCUAGUACGCGUUAAUAGCUUCUACAUCAGCGAUGGCCAGUGGCACGAGAUUCAGCUCGAGCGUGAAAGCAACAGUGCGACCCUGACAGUCGACGGAAAACACUUAGCUCAUGGCUCUGCGCCAGGCGUCAAUGACAUCUUAAAUCUUCAAUCAGAUGACCUGUACCUCGGCGCUGAGGUAAGGUCGCACCCAUCAAUUAUUGGCUUCGAGGACGUACAGCGUGGCUUUGUUGGCUGCAUGGACGACGUUCGUAUCGCCAAAGUUUCGGUGCCGCUGCACAUGAGCGGUUCCACCAGCAGUCUUGUUGUGCUCAAAAGAUUCGCUAACGUUGAGUUUAGCUGCGAGGCUAGUACAGUCCUGACUCCGCCUGGAGUAUGUGGAUCCCAACCGUGUCAAAAUGGAGGUACUUGUUCCGAAAGUAAAACAGAAGAUGGAGGAUACGAAUGCCAGUGCCAUAAUAGAUUCCGAGGCGCAAGCUGUGAAAUUGAUACUGAUCCUUGUGCUUCGUCGCCUUGUCUGUAUGGAGGCAGAUGCAGAGUCCUGCAUGAACUUGGCGAUUUUGCAUGUGACUGCAUUGGACCUAGUCUUUCUGGAAAACGUUGCGAGUUUGGCAGGUACUGCAGUCCAAAUCCUUGUUUACACGGAGGCGUCUGUGAAGAAGGAAAUAGUGGUCCAAUUUGCAAGUGUCAGGGUUUCGCGGGCGAACGUUGCGAACUCGACGUUAAUGAGUGUGAGCGUAACCCUUGCUCCAAUGGCGGCACUUGUGUGAACGAACUUGGUAGCUAUCGUUGCGUUUGUCCUCCAUCCAUGACGGGUCUUAAUUGCGGUAAUCCAGCUGGCUAUACCACCAGCCUCAUAUCCAAUCACUUGAACAUCACUUGGGAGCAGCUCAUGUGGAUUGGAGUCGCUAUUCUAGCGAACAUCAUUCUAGUAGUGAUAUUCGUUACGUUUCGCAAGAUUCGCAGUAAAAGAACUAGAAUGAGGGCCAACAACAUCAACAACGAGACUAGGAAACAGAUCGUCCUCAACUCAUCCAGGCCCAAUGAUCACGAGUACAAGCGCAGCUCCAAGCUCAGUAAUUUAGAAGUUGUGCAAAGAGAAUGUCCUCCCCAAUGUCCUCCCCGUCCCGCCUCUUACACCCCGUCAUCGAACAACGAGCAGGUCCUACUAGGUUGCAGUAGUGCAGCUGCCGUGGCCCUCAACAAUCUCGACACCCUACGCAGCUACGGUAGUGCUGGUGACGAACUUGAGAACUUCCCCCCGGAUUACCUCCGCAAUCUCAACCGCAGCACGGCCUUACAACCAUCCUCUGGUACACCAAUACCAAGCAUCAACGCGAGCAACGCUCUCGCAGACCUGCCGUCGCUUGAUAAGCCAAGUUGGCAAGAACAGAUGCAGCUCGCCUCCUUUAUCACUGAUGCAACGAAGAUCAAAAACGACCUGAAACGAGCGAGCCCAGUGGUACCAGAAUCGACCACUGGAGGACUUUUACUAAAUUCAAUACGAAGAACCAAUACCCACGGAGGUGGAACCUCUAUUGCAUCGCUUUCUUCGAUCGAGGAUGACCCUCGUAUCGUCGGUGACUGGGUCCGACCAAGUCAAAAUCCCCUGCCAAAUAUAACUGAAGUGCCCGGUAGCGAAGUGCCGGACUCUUCGAGUUUCCACAGCAAUGAGAGUAAUGAGUCAAAUACUCAUCAAAUGCCUACGCUGCACGGCGUAAUGGAUUCAAGUCGCGAUAUCGAGACCCUGAACGAAGACCAAGAGUCGGAGUACGUCGGCGACUCAGAGUGCGGCACCGACCUUUCCGAGCACUACCACUCGCACAAGCACGGCUACUCCGAGAGCCAGCGAUUAAACCCACUUGAUAGCGGCGGCGAAGCCGAGUACAAGUACAAGAGUUCUGAGAGCUAUCUUCGACAUCCGAACUCCUAUCUGCCCCACUACAACAUCCACUCGGACGCAGAAAGUGAAAUCAUGGCGACAAUUCCGCUGAAUGGGGGCUGCACCCUCGGCACACUCCUUUCCGACGAGGAGGAUGAGCCUGAAAAUAACGAGAACGAUGACGAGGAAGAUGAGGAUGACGACAACGUAGUGCCUUAUGGUUUUCCGAGUGCGCGGCGCAACCGCUGUCCCCGCCAGCAGCGCCUCGACAACGGCUCGGAGCUCGACUCCGUUAUUACUGGCCUAGAGGAGAGGAACUCGCUGCUCGGGGGCGCCAACAGUAACAGCGACCUCUCGACCAACCUUUGUGAGAUCGAUGAUUCCGAGUUUGAGAUCGCCCAACAGAAGAGUAACGGCCGAGUUUGGAUGACCGGUGGAGUCACGCAGACCUCUGUUUGACCAGGCCAGAGUCAAGCGAAGCUCUGCGCAUACUGUCUUUAAACAGCACGCGACAGUGCUCUUCUUCAAUGUACAUAAUAGCGACAACUUAUUACUAAGCACUAGCUAAUUCGAAACUUUGUACAUACAUCUGUUAAGGACUCUACAAUUUAUAUUAUUGAUUCUUUUGUAUGUUAGGAGAGAGCGAUUCUUGAAUUCUUUGUGUAAACAUUUUUUCCUGUACUUAGUACUUAUAAAGAUAAAUUGCGUUUUUAAAGCAAGAAUACGCGAAGAAUUUUGAAUAACUUUGACAAAAUUUUGUAUCUUGGACUGAUUUUUCUAUGAUGUGCGAAUUGAAAAAUCCGCUGUGCGUAUACUAUAAUGAUAAGAUUCGAAAAUAGACCAAUGACUAUUGUUUAACAUGAUUUUUCUACGAAUUGUAUAAGAAAAGAGCUUUCAUUUCUAUUUUAAAAUAAGCACUGCAAUUUCAUAGGAAGCUGUAUGACUGUGCGAAUGAAAUAUUAUUAAUGCGAUCCUGAAAAAAGAUAUUCAAGACUUGUAUACAUAUAAGUUUAUAAGAUUUAUUUUCAUCAGAUGUGCAACAAACUCUUUUAGGUUGAGCGGUAACUUAUAUUAAUAAUUAGUUAAGAAAAAAAUAUAUUAUUUGCACUAAUGAAUUUCAGACCUAUAAGAAAAGCGUGUAUAAAAAAAAAAGAAACUGUAGAUAGAGCAAAGCAAAUUGUAUCUAAUUUGCGUACGUAAAUAAGAUGCAGGCAUUAGUUUCCUAGGGUAAUAAUAUCUAGAUAAUAUAUAUAGGGUAAAGGAGAAAAAAAUAAAUUAUUUUUACUGUGAUGAUAAUAAUGUUUAUACGUCGAUCAAAUAAUUGCAACUACUAUUACAUGUACAAUAAUGAUGAUAUAUGGUGAAUAAUUCAUGAAAUAGAUUAUAACUGAAAAAAUUCACUGCGACUUACGCGUUAUCAAGUGCGGUCUGUUAAUGUCGAUAAACCAGCCAUUUCUAAGGCGAGAUAGAAAUCGUUAUCUUUCAUGAAAAAGAGUAUUUUAUUUUCAGACUUUCACCUAUUCAUCAGUAUUUGUAGUAUUUAUUGAAAGACAUGAAAUAAUUUUUUUAAAAGAAAAUAUGACUCGAAAUACCUACUGCCUUAUUCAAAAGAUGACAAGCUAUUUCAAAAUACGAGGGAUGGUGCUGCAUACAUUUUUCUAAAAACAAAAAAAAAUAAUUUAGCGAGUCUACAUCUUUUAUCUUUUUAUAAGACUGGCUACACUGUAAAACUUUUACAAAUUCCUGUUAACGCACUUGAUGGCAUUUCUAUUGUUUCAGAACAUAUGUCUUCUAAACUGCCAAUGGUUUAUUGCAUAUACAGUUAUUUACAUAUAUAUCUAUAUUUAUGAUUGUAUAUUUCCGCCGCAUAUAUGCCAUAUAAGUAACAUUAAGAAAUUAUUUUAUUUUAUUAAAAAUAAAAAUCCGAUUGAAAGCAAAUUGAGCGAAAAAUGUAAUACUUCAAUAUUCUUCGACUCAUUUGUGCUUCAUUCCAUCUUAGAAGUAUUCAAAACCACAGAUGUUUGGUUUACAUUCUUUUAAUUUGAAAGUCAGUAAAUAUUGUCGAAGGCAGCUUAAUCGAAAUAUAUGUAAAAUGUAUGUAUAAAAAGUUUUUUUUAAUGUAUUGUAUGAACGAAAAGAAUACUUUAGCAUGUAAAAGCGAAUAUAGACUUAAAGUCGAUCGAACGUUUCUUAUGUUCCUGCGUUCUUGCCCUACGAUGCAUGGUGGCACCGGAACUAAUAAGCUUUUGUAAUUAAAACGUAAAACUAUACUUAAUCAAUCUAUGCUAAUUUCCGACGCCAUCGAUGCUUAUAUGAAAAGACGCAAAACAGGGUGAUUUAUGUAAUAUUUGCGUUGUUCGAUGAGCGAAAUAAUGUGUAUAAGUGAGAAAUAAUGAGCGCACGAAUAUGUAAAAUAAUAAGAAAGAACAAAAAUAUGAAGAGAAAUGAAACGAACUGUUCAUUUAUGAACCUUUAUCUCUUAAAAUUUUAAAUCUGAAAACGAUCUUGCACGGGAACACUAGAUAAUUUUUUCUGAAUCAAGGUAAAGUAAAUAAAUACUUUUCGCACUAAACUUUGUAUGGAUAUAAUUAUACUUUCUCACAAUAAAAUUAUUUUAUUAUUUACGGUACUGUUAAGUAAACUGUAAAGAAAUGCCUUGAGUAUCCAAUGAAAUUUGAUGUUUAGACAUCUUUAAAUAUCUUGACACAGUAAAAAUAGUACCGCAAGUAAUGUCAUCAUUGAUUUGUAAGCUAAAUGAUUACGUUCAAUGCAAUAAUGUUUAGGAAUUGAUAGUAACUGUCAAGUAUAAACAAUUGGUUCGUUGGAAAAAUAACAUCAAGAUAAAUCAGAUUUAUUAAUGUUUUUUUUGUACAUAAUUUUUGUUAAUAUAUCUAUUAAUACACUUUAAUUAUUAUAUUAGGCCUAAAAAGUACGUCGAUGAAUACGAUACAAAAGAUACAAGAAAAUAAACCCUCAGUAAAAUAGCAACAUAUCGUCAAAAGUAAUUAUUUCUGCAUAAUAGCUUAAAUUGUUAUAAAUUUAAGACUGUAUUAAGUUAUUUUGUAUAAGGUCAUGUUGUAAUAAAUGAAACAAUAUUUGCCUACAUAA